AUCGAAUGCAGCACUGCUUCAUGCCUGUGUGUGCACAACAGCUGUAAAUAUAUUCCUUGUUAAUUUCGGAGGAACACAGAAACUUGUGAUAAAAGCAGGAUGGCGACAGCAACAAAAUUGUAUAAACAGUCCUGGCAUGCGCUGAGGCAACUACAACAAUACAGAACCAUUGCCAGCGGCAAUGCCAGUGCUUCAAUCAAAUCCCGCAAUGAAUUGUUCAACCAAGAGCAGAAACGUCAGCGAGACGCUGUUGGCCGUGUCGAGAAGAUUGAAGUGCGGUAUUUGGGUUUACCCGAAGAUGUCACCUUGGUGAUGAAUAAUCACAUCUCCACGCCGUACAAUUGUGCCCAGCAUUUGAGCGAAGGUCAUUGCAAAAGGUCUGCACUGGCGUUGGUAGAUGGCAGUGUUCCCUGGGAUAUGCAUAGACCUCUCCAAGAGUCCUGCACGUUACAACUGCUGAAUUUUAAUGUCUCGGAGCCACACGUUGUCAACAAGGCGUUUUGGCGCACCUGCAGUUUUAUGCUGGGUGCUGCUUUACAAAGAGCCUUCAAGGACGAAGCCAGGUUACAAUUACACAGUUUUCCCGGACCCAACAUUAAAUCUGGUAGCUUUGUGCACGACAUUGUGCUGGGCGCACAGAACUGGGAGCCUACCAAGGCUGAGAUGCGUGCCAUCUCUGCUGAAAUGGUCAAGUUGGCGGCGCAAGACUUACGCAUUGAGCGCCUGGAGGUGGAUAAGGAGUUGGCAAAGGAAAUGUUCAAGGAUUCCCGCUAUAAGAGCGAACAAUUGCCCAGCAUUGCGCAACAGAAUCAAAGCCGUGUGACGCUUUAUCGUCUCGGUGAUCACAUCGACAUCUCUCGUGGUCCCAUGGUGGCAUCUACGCGAUUCCUUGGAAAGUGUACUAUUCUGGCGGCGCACAAGGUUGCCAACGAAGGUUCAACUGAUGCAUUUUAUCGCUUGCAAGGCGUUGCUCUGCCCACUGGAUUUUCAUUGAACCACAUUGCUUAUGGUCUACUGGAGAAGCGCGCACAGAAACUGAACUCCGCCCGACUACCCAACGAACCCUUCGAGGAGCAACAACAAAUGCAAUUAUCUUAGAUCUUUAAAAGUAACACGAGGUUCUUUAAUAUUUAAAGCUAGUAUCUAGUAAAUGUUACAACACACAUAUAAAUCAUUAAAGAU